AUGACCCUAGCAGAUCCUGAAUUCCAUGAAAGAGGGGAAAUAGAUAUGCUGAUUGGUGCGGAAUAUUAUCUCGACUUACUACGAACCGGUCAACAUAAGGUCAGCGAAGAUGGACCUACUAUGCAGGAGACUGUAUUUGGAUGGAUUUUGGCUGGACGCAUUCCCGAAUCGAAAGGUUCAUCGACAGAUUCAGGCGUUCAGCUAUGUACGAUGUCGGAACUUCAUGAACAGGUCACCAAGUUCUGGGAAUUAGAGACAUGUCAUGUGAAGAGCACCAACUCCGUGGAAGAAUCCUUGUGCGAGGAGCUUUUUCAGCGAGAAACUACUCGAGAUGAAACUGGCAGAUUUGUAGUAUCGUUGCCCAAGAAGGAUUUUGUUCUCAGUAAGCUCGGUGACUCCAGAGCCAAUGCCGAAAAACGCUUUCACGGAUUGGAGAAGCGUUUCGUGAACAAUCCAUCGAUCAAGGAGAUGUACCUGAAGUUCAUUCAAGAAUACCAGGAUAUGGGUCAUAUGAAGCUGGUUCCAGAUUCUGAAGAAGUUCUGCGUUACUACUUACCCCAUCAUCACGUCUUGAAGCCAGAAAGUACGACAACGAAAUUAAGGGUCGUCUUUGACGCUUCCUGUCCGUCAACAUCAGGAGUUUCCCUCAACGAUGGCCUCAUGGUUGGGCCAAUAGUUCAGAACGAUCUGAUCACCAUUGUCACCCGAUUUCGUCUACACAAAAUUGCAAUUGUGGCAGACAUUGCAAAAAUGUACCGCAUGAUCAAUCUUGCGGAAUCCGAUCAACGAUACCAGUGUAUUUUGUGGCGAAAUGAUCCGUUGGAACCUCUCAAGACCUACAAGCUUACGACCGUUACUUACGGUACAGCGAGCGCACCGUUUCUGGCUACUAGGUGCCUACAGAAGCUAGCAGAAGAUGGAGAGCAGAGUCAUCCUUUGGCCGCAAAAAUUCUCAAGAAGGAUUUUUACAUGGAUGACGCAUUGAUCGGUAUUGAUACACCCGAAGAAGGAAAACAGGCAGUGAAGGAGCUUAAUGACCUCUUAUGUUCCGUUGGAUUUGUCCUGCGCAAAUACAAUUCGAAUUGCGAGGAAAUUUUAGCAGAUAUUCCAGCAGAUCUUCUUAGCGACAGAACUGCUCUGGAGUUGGAUUCUUUCUCUACCGUAACUACCCUUGGUCUUAUUUGGGAACCCAGCACCGAUUUAUUUCAUUUCCGUAUACCAACCUGGAGCUCUUCAUCCCGUAUUACAAAACGCAUCGUGCUGUCUGACGCCUCCAAGUUGUUCGAUCCUCUCGGCCUUGUCGGACCUGUGAUAGUACAGGCUAAAAUGUUUAUCCAAAGUUUGUGGCAACUGAAAUGUGGCUGGGACGAUCCUCUGACAGACGAAAUGCAGUUGUUUUGGACGGAAUUCCGCAGAAACCUUACUUCUCUCGACUCCCUGUCGAUUCCUAGAUGGGUGGGAUUUUCUCCAAGUAGCGACGUUGAACUGCAUGGUUUUUGCGAUGCUUCCGAGAAGGCGUAUGGCGCAUGCAUUUAUCUGCGAUGCACUCACGAAGAUGGAUCAGUUUCUGUCAAGCUGUUGGUUUCGAAGUCACGCGUAGCUCCUCUCGAAGAUUUGAAGAGAAAGAAACGGAAACAAUCAAUCCCAAGGCAAGAACUUUCGUCAGCACUCCUCCUAAGCCAUCUCUACGAAAAAUUCUGCAAAAGUACGGCCAUGGACGUCAGAAGCUUUUUCUGGACUGAUUCAACAAUCGUCAAAUGUUGGCUAGCGUCAGUUCCGUCGCGAUGGCAAACAUUCGUGGCAAAUAGAGUUUCUGAAAUCCAACAUCUGACCAAGAAAGGAGUAUGGAAUCACAUUCCCGGUACGGAAAAUCCUGCAGAUAUAAUAUCCCGAGGAAUGACACCUGUCCAACUGCAAUACCAAAUGUUGUGGUUUGAAGGCCCCAUUUGGUUGAAGCAAAAUCGAAGCACCUGGCCUGUUGAAACAGAGUUUUCGCCCGAUCAAUUUGACAAGGACACGUUGGAGGAAAAAUCGUCUGUGGUGUUGCCCGUUGAAGUUACUGCUCCAAACGAAAUAUUUUCUCGACUUUCCACAUUUACGCAAACGGUCCGUUUGGUAGCAUGGAUGCGACGAUAUUGUCAUAACGCUAAAAAGCAGAAUACGAGAAAGGUCGGUAACAUUUCCUUCGAAGAAUUCCUGGAGGCUUCAAAAGUUUUGGUCAAAUUGUCGCAAGUUGAAAGUUUUGGCCAAGAACUCAAGGAUUUGUCUCAUUCCCAAGAAGUGAGAAGCACCUCCAGAAUUGCCAGUCUGAAUCCUCAUUUAGUCGAUGGAAUAAUACGUGUCGGCGGCCGGUUAGCUAACGCACCAGUUUCUGAAAAUCGCAAGCAUCCCAUCAUCCUCGAUCACCAUCAUCCCCUUUCGAUCAUGAUCGUCCAGCACUACCACGAGUUCCUGUAUCACGCUGGGCAACAACUCCUGAUUGCCAGUGUCCGCGGGAAGUAUUGGGUUACAAGUCUUCGUGGGUUAGCCCGAAAAACCAUCCAUAGGUGCGUUCAGUGCUUCCGAGUCAAGCCAAAGGUGAUGGAGCAACUGAUGGCAGAUUUGCCACCCGAUCGAGUGAACCCUGCACCUCCGUUUCAGAAAUUCCCCCAUGAAAUGCUUUGUGUCGGUUUUUGUGUGCCUCGUUUGCAAAGCAGUCCAUCUGGAGCUGGUCGCAGAUCUCACCACAGGAGCGUUUCUUGGAGCCUUGAAAAGGUUCAUUGGUCGACGUGGUAA